CUUGCCAGUCUCCCUCCCCCCUCGCCCCGCUCCCCCCGCUCAGACCCCGACAUCCGCUACUGCGUCCUCGCCUCGCUGGACGACCGCUUUGACGCCCACCUGGCGCAGGCUGAGUCGCUGCAGUCGCUCUUCGUCGCCCUCAGCGACGAGGUCUUCGAGAUCCGCGAGCUCGCCAUCUGCACCGUGGGCCGCCUGUCGGCCAUCAACCCGGCCUACGUCAUGCCCUUCCUGCGCAAGACGCUCAUCCAGAUCCUCACGGAGCUGGAGCACAGUGGCGUGGGUCGCAACAAGGAGCAAGGUGCCAGGAUGCUGGGCCACCUGGUGGGGCACGCUCCCCGCCUCAUACGCCCGUACAUGGAGCCCGUGCUCAAGGCUCUGAUCCCCAAACUCAAGGACCCGGAUCCCAACCCGGGAGUCGUCAUCUGUGUCCUGGCUACGGUCGGAGAACUUGCACAGGUGAGCGGGCCGGAGAUGCGCCACUGGAUGGACGAGCUGUUCCCCAUUGUGAUGGACAUGCUGCAAGACUCAUCCUCCCUGGCCAAGCGACAGGUAGCUCUGUGGACACUGGGACAGCUGGUGGCCAGCACGGGCUAUGUGGUAGAGCCGUACCGACGGUACCCAUCCCUCCUAGACGUCCUUCUCAGCUUCCUCAAGACAGAGCAGUCGCACGGCAUCCGUAGGGAGGCGAUUCGUGUGCUGGGCCUCCUGGGAGCCCUGGACCCGUUCAGGCACAAGGUGAACAUUGGGAUGAUCGACCAAUCACGGGAGGCCACAGCCGUCAGCAUGACAGAGGGGAAGUCCAGUCCAGACGCCGCUGCGGGAGACUACAGUGCCUCCGAGAUGCUUGUCAACAUGGGCAACGUGCCUCUUGAGGAGUUCUACCCCGCCGUGGCGGUGGCUGCCCUGAUGCGGGUGCUCCGCGACCCGUCCCUGGCCGGCCAUCACAGCAUGGUGGUUCACGCGGUGACUUUCAUCUUCAAGAGUCUGGGACUCAAGGGGGUGCAGUUUCUGCCACACGUGACGCCGACCCUCCUGGCGGUCAUCCGCAGCUGCGACAGCAGCGUGCGGGAGUUCCUCUUCCAGCAGCUGGGCAUGUUGGUGUCGUUUGUACGCCAACACAUCCGCCCCUACAUGGACGACAUCUUCUCCCUCAUCAAGGAGUAUUGGACGGUGAACAGCCCGAUGCAGAAUACCAUCAUCCUGCUGUUGGAGCAGAUCGUGGUGGCUCUUGGUGGGGACUUGAAGCUCUACCUCCCCCAGCUCAUCCCGCACAUCCUGCGGGUGUUCAUGCACGAUAGCAGCCACUCGCGCAUCGUCACCACCAAGCUGCUGCAGGCGAUGCAGCAGUUUGGAGCGAACCUAGACGACUACCUCCAUCUCCUGCUGCCGCCCAUCGUGAAGCUCUUCGAGUCACAGGAAAUGCCCACGGUGGUUCGCAGGGCUUCUCUGGAGACUCUGGAGCGCCUGACGGACUCGCUGGACCUGACGGACUUUGCCUCCCGCAUCGUCCACCCCCUGGCCAGGGCCAUCGACUCCAGCCCUGAACUCCGAUCCUCGGCCAUGGACACGCUGGCUGCACUGGUGCAGCAGAUGGGCAAGAAGUACCAGAUCUUCAUUCCCAUGGUAGGCAAGGUUUUGGCGAAGCACCGCAUCACCCACCAGCGCUACGACAUCCUCAUCUGCCGCAUCGUCAAGGGCAGCACUCUGGCCGAGGAGGAGGAGGAGGAUCCCCUGCUGCUGCUGGUGCUCCGCCACCAGCGCUUGGGCAAGGCCAACCAGGGAGAGAGCGGUGCCGGGCUGGCCCUCGACGCUGGGCCCAUGAAGAAGAUGCACGUGAGCACGGCCAACCUGCAGAAGGCGUGGGGAGCUGCUCGUCGUGUCUCCAAGGACGACUGGAUGGAGUGGCUGAGACGUCUCAGUGUGGAGCUGCUCAAGGAGUCUCCCUCCCCGGCGCUGCGAUCCUGCUGGACCCUCGCCCAGUCGUACACCCCCCUAGCACGGGAGCUGUUCAAUGCGGCCUUCCUCUCCUGCUGGUCCGAGCUGGGGGAGCAGCAGCAGGAUGAGCUCAUCGGCAGCAUGGAGCUGGCACUGACCUCCCAGGACAUCACGGAGGUCACCCAGACGCUCCUCAACCUCGCCGAGUUCAUGGAGCACAGCGACCGGGGCCCGUUACCCCUGCGUGACGACAAUGGAGUGGUGCUGCUGGGGGACCGCGCCUCCAACUGCCGGGCCUACGCCAAGGCGCUGCACUACAAGGAGCUUGAGUUCCAGAAGGGCGCCACUCCCGCCAUCCUGGAGGGCCUCAUCAGUAUCAACAACAAGCUGCAGCAGCCAGAGGCAGCUGCUGGCGUCCUGGAGUACGCCAUGAAGCAUCACGGGGGCGAGCUGGAGAUCCAGGGCACGUGGUAUGAGAAGCUGCAUGAGUGGGAGGAUGCGCUGGUGGCCUACGACCGCAAGGGGGAGGCCGCUCAGGACGACCCGGAGCACAUGCUGGGUCGCAUGCGCUGCCUGGAGGCCCUCGGGGAGUGGGGACAGCUGCACCAGAUCUGCUGUGACAAGUGGACCCUGGUCAGUGAGGAGACCCAGGCCAAGAUGGCACGCAUGGCCGCCGCCGCAGCCUGGGGCCUAGGGCAGUGGGACAGUAUGGAGGAGUACACGUGCAUGAUACCCAGAGACACGCACGACGGAGCCUUCUACCGCGCUGUGCUCGCCUUGCACCAAGACCACUACUCACUCGCUCAGCAGUGCAUCGACAAGGCCCGUGACAUCCUGGACACGGAGCUCACAGCGAUGGCCGGAGAGAGCUACAGUCGAGCGUAUGGGGCGAUGGUGGCGUGCCAGAUGCUGUCCGAGCUGGAGGAGGUGAUUCAGUACAAGCUGAUCCCUGACCGCCGGGAGGUCAUCCGCAAGACGUGGUGGGACCGCCUGCAGGGCUGCCAGCGGAUCGUGGAGGACUGGCAGAGGGUGUUGAUGGUCCGCUCGCUGGUGCUGAGCAUCAACCAGAACAUGCGCACGCUCCUCAAGUAUGCCAGCCUGUGUGGCAAGAGUCGCCGGCUGGCCCUGGCUCACAAGACGCUCGUCACCUUGCUGAACGUCGACCCAUCGACUCACCUGGACCAGCCCCUGCCCACGUCUCACCCACGCGUCACCUACGCCUACAUGAAGUACAUGUGGAAGAGUAACCAGAAGCUGGAGGCCUUCCAGCACAUGCAGCACUUCGUGCAGAUGCUGCAGCAGCAGCAGCAGCAGGGCCUGGGCAUCACUUCAGCAAGCAGCCCUACAGACACGGACGGUCACCCGCAGCUCAGCCUCAGCAAACUCCUGGCCAGGUGCUAUCUAAAGCUGGGCGAGUGGCAGCUGAGUCUGCAGGGAAUCAAUGAGUGCACCAUCCCACAAGUGCUGCAGUACUACAGCCGCAGCACUGAGCUGGACCACAGUUGGUACAAGGCAUGGCACGCCUGGGCCGUGAUGAACUUCGAGGCGGUGCUCCACUUCAAGCACCAGGGCCAGGCCCCGGCGUCGGACGAGGCCGGCAGCUCUCCCCACCGCCUCCGCCGCCCCCGCCGCCGCCGCUCAGCCCGCACCACCGCUCGGCGCGGAGGCGGCGGAGGCGGAGCGGUGGAUGAGGAUGAGGAGGAGGAUUUGGAGGAGGGUGGAGGAGGAGGUGGAGGAGGUGGAGGAGGUGACGAGGUGGAUGCAGGAGACGUCCAGGCGACGACACCGCAAAGGACGCCCGGCAGGAUCCAUGGAGAGGAACUGUCCCAGACGUUGACGCUCUACACGGUGCCUGCAGUGCAAGGAUUCUUCCGCUCCAUCGCUCUGUCCCGUGGCAACAACCUGCAGGACACCCUCCGGGUGCUGACCCUGUGGUUCGAGUGUGGGCACUGCUCGGCAGUCAACGAUGCCCUUGUUGAGGGCAUCAAAACCAUCCAGAUAGACACGUGGCUACAGGUGAUACCACAGCUGAUAGCGAGGAUUGACACUCCCAGGCAGCUGGUGGGACGUCUCAUCCACCAGCUCCUCACGGACAUCGGCAAGCACCACCCACAGGCGCUGAUUUACCCUCUGACGGUAGCCUCCAAGUCAGCUAGCCCUGAGCGUCACAACGCUGCUAACAAGAUCCUGAGCAACAUGUGUGAGCACAGCAGUAACUUGGUGAACCAGGCGAUACUGGUGAGUGAGGAGCUGAUUCGCGUGGCCAUCCUGUGGCACGAGCUGUGGCACGAGGGGCUGGAGGAGGCCUCCCGCCUCUACUUUGGCGAGCGCAACGUCAGGGGAAUGUUCACGGUGCUGGAGCCACUGCACAGCAUGAUGGAACGUGGUCCACAGACUCUCAAAGAGACCUCCUUCAACCAGGCCUAUGGGCGCGACCUCAUGGAGGCCCAGGACUGGUGUCGCAAGUUCAUGAGGUCGGGAAACCAGAAGGACCUCACUCAGGCAUGGGAUCUCUACUACCACGUGUUCCGUCGCAUCUCUAAGCAGCUGCCGCAGCUGACCUCGCUGGAGCUGCAGUACGUCUCCCCCAAGCUGCUCAUGUGCCGUGACUUGGAGCUGGCCGUGCCGGGGACGUACGACCCCAAUCAGGCGGUGGUGAGAAUAGAGAGCAUAGCAUCGGCCCUGCAGGUCAUCACCUCCAAGCAGAGGCCUCGCAAGCUCACCAUCAUGGGCAGCAACGGGCACGAGUUCAUGUUCCUGCUGAAGGGCCACGAGGACUUGAGGCAGGAUGAGAGGGUCAUGCAGUUGUUCGGCCUGGUCAACACGCUGCUGGCCAACGACCCAGCGUCCAUGCGAAAGAACUUGAGUAUUCAGCGCUACGCUGUGAUCCCCCUGUCCACCAACUCGGGGCUCAUUGGCUGGGUACCUCACUGUGACACGCUCCACGCCCUCAUCCGUGACUACCGGGACAAGAAGAAGAUUCUCCUCAACAUUGAACACCGCAUCAUGCUGCGGAUGGCUCCGGACUACGACCACCUGACCCUGCUGCAGAAGGUGGAGGUGUUUGAGCACGCGGUGAACAACACAGCAGGGGACGAUCUCGCCAAGUUACUGUGGCUCAAGAGCCCCAGCUCGGAGGUGACGCUCACUCAGUCACUCGCUCAGUCACUCAGUCAGUCAGUCAGUCACUCAGUUAGUCACUCAGUUAGUCACUCAGUCACUCAGUUAGUCACUCAGUCAGUCAG